AUGGUUGGUGAACUAACAUAUUUCUUGGGAUUACAAGUGAAGCAAACGGAUUCAGGGAUCUACAUCAACCAAGCCAAAUACACAAGGAAUCUAGUCAAGAGAUUUGGACUGGACCAUGCUACCCAUGCUAGGACACCAAUGGCUGCUAAUGCAAAACUAACAAAUGAUCCAUCAGGUGAGUCUGUUGAUAUUACAUUAUAUAGAAGUAUGAUUGGAUGUUUGUUAUAUUUGACUGCUAGUCGGCCUGAUAUUGCUUUCAGUGUUGGUGUUUGUUCUAGAUUUCAGUCUAAUCCUAAGGUUUCACACUUAAAUGCUGUUAAAAGAAUAAUUAAAUAUGUUGCUGGAACUUGUGACUAUGAAUUAUUUUAUAGCAAAAAGUCUAAUCUGUCUCUUGUUGGUUUUUCUAAUUCUAAUUGGGCCGGCAAUGCUGAUGAUAGAAAAAGCACCACUGGUGGAUGUUUUUAUGUUGGUGCUAACCUUGUUGCCUGGAUGAGCAAAAAGCCGAGGUAG